CAAUAUUUCAACUUCUUGACAUUCUCUUUUCCAAAGAAAACAAAUGGCUUUCUACCAUACCCGCUCUAACAGCUUGCCUUCUAGGCCACACCCUCUAACUUCACAAAUCAACGAGCAUUUCAGCAGAUUGAAUGCUUCUCAAGCCACCUCCUCUUCUUCAUCAUCUAUAUGCCACAAACUAUGUUGCCUUCAAGAUUUGCAUGAUUGUGUUGAUAAGUUGAUUCUGCUGCCUCUCACUCAAAAAUCUUUAGCCCAAGAGCAGAAUGAGAAGUGGGUUGAUAAUGUAUUGGACGGAUCCCUUGGAGUCUUGGAUGUUUGUAGCAUGGCUAGAGAUGCCUUGUUGCAAACAAAGGAAUGUGCUCAGGAACUUCAAUCAAUCAUGAGGAGAAGAAGGGGAAAUGAAAUUGGGUUCUCAGGUGAGAUUCAGACGUACUCGACCUCUAGGAAGGUGGUAAAAAAGACAAUCCACAAGGCCUUGAGGGAUCUGAAAGAUAUGGGAAAUAAAUCAUCUUUAUCCCCCUUCAACAAAGACCAUGAAGCUGUAGCCAUAGUUAGUAUGCUUAAAGAAGUGGAAGCAGUCACUCUCAUUGUGCUCGAAUCUCUCCUGACUCUUAUCUCAGGUGGGUCAAAAGCACAAUCAAAGCUAAGUGGCUGGUCCUUGGUGUCCAAGCUAAUGCACCCCAAAAGAAUAGCUUGUGAGGCAGAGGAAGCAGAAGUUAAUGAAUUUGAAAAACUGGACUCUGCAUUGCACUCUCUCAUUUAUAAGAAGACAAGCAAAUCUGAUAACACAGUGCCGGUCGAGAAUGUGCAGCACCAGCUUAAAAAAUUUGACUUGUGCAUUCAAGAACUUGAAGAAGGACUCGAAAGCCUUUACAGGCGUUUGAUCAAAACUAGAGUCUCUCUUCUCAACACCUUUGUAAACUAGAUGUAUUUAUAUCUAUACAUGAAUGAAAUAUAUACAGAAUAUACAUAGCAUUUUCAGCUAAU